AUGAGCAGCGCAUGUGAGGAUUCGUGUCCUUGGACGAACUAUUUGUCGGAGGCGAUCAAUAAAUACGUACUCAAUCUGUUUUCAUUCCUGUCGACGACAUUCGGUCUAACCUUUAAUUUUGGCGACGUCGUCAGCUCCGAUGACGAGACGUCGUUAAAAUACCGCGAAUUCCUCCACGAAUUGAUAGCAUUGCUAUCAUUUGACGAUUUCCAGCUACAACUACUCAAAGUCUUCCUGUUGACAUUUCUAAGCAGCGUGGCAUUGAUCUUUGUUGCUUGGCAUAUUUACGGCUACAGAAUUACGGAGCAGUUCAUGAAGACAGGUGCUGUUGAAGAUUGUAAUUCAUCAAUUGAGUAAUAUAUAUAUUAGAUAUUUGACUAUUACUGGAUAGUCUACUGACUUUAUAACAAAUAUGGCUGAUAAAAUCAAGUCUUUUU